GCACCGGUGUGUGCAGGAGGAGGUGAUGCACACUCACUGCUCGACACCGUCCACGGAACCUCAGCCACGAAAAUGUCAAAGAGCCUCCUGGAGCGACGCCCCGCUGCACGCACCGCGCUGGCCACCGCCAUCUUGGGAGCUGCGACGGGAAGGGGGCUGCCAGCCCCGCCCCGGCAGUGCGCUGCGCCGCCCGCCGCGGCAUGGCCAAAAUGGCGGCGGCGGCCCUGACCCGGGAGGGCGGGGAGGAUGCCUUCCGCCGGCUUUUUCGUUUCUACCGGCAGCGUGACGCGUCGGACCUGCGGGGCGUGGUGGACUUCUCCGUGCCGGGGGGCCAGGUGGUCAGAUCACAGCUCAGUAUUUCGUCAGUCAGUGAUCAGGAUGCCUACAGAGCAGGAUUACAACCAGUUAGCCAGUGGAAAGCCUAUGGCCUUAAAGGUUAUCCAGGGUUUAUUUUCAUACUGAAUCCUUUCCUUCCGGGGUGCCAGCGUCACUGGGUGAAGCAGUGUCUCAAGCUAUAUCCCCAGAAACCCAAUGUCUGCAAUUUAGACCUUCAUAUGGCUCCUGAGAAGACCAUUGACCUGUGGGGACAGAGCAAGGAGCAGCUAAAAAAGAAGGGCUCCAGUAAAUGGGAACCCAGAAGCUUAUUGGAGAAGCUGCGCUGGGUGACCCUUGGUUACCAUUAUAACUGGGAUACUAAGAAGUACUCAGCAAAUCACCACACUCCUUUCCCCUCAGACCUUGCGUUCCUGUCAGAACAAGUGGCUGCAGCCUGUGGAUUCCGGGGUUUCCAAGCCCAAGCAGGGAUCUUGAACUACUAUCACUUUGACUCCUCCCUGGGAAUUCAUGUGGAUGAGUCUGAACUAGACCAUUCUCGUCCCCUUUUAUCAUUCAGUUUUGGGCAAUCCUCGAUAUUUUUGCUUGGGGGCCUGAAGCGGGAGGAGGCCCCAACAGCAAUGUUCAUGCACAGUGGAGAUAUCAUGGUGAUGUCUGGCUUCAGUCGCCUCCUGUACCAUGCUGUGCCGCGGGUCCUCCCCAACCCUGAAGGGACAGCUUUGCCUUCAUGCCUGGACCAAGGACUUUCUUCAGACCUUCCCGUUGGCUCGGUCAUUGAGCACAGCUCUGAUGAGGACUGGCAGGACAAAUCUCUGUGGCUCUACAGGACAAGAAAGGAAAGAAGCCAUCUAGACCAAUUUUGCAAGAAAAUUAAUGUAAUGAGUUGAUUACAGGAAGAUAAUCAUAUUCCCACCUGGAAAUGAAGGAUGUUGUUUACCACAUGUACUCUUCAUUAUGUGAUCUAUAGCUAAAGCUAACUGUCCAACAGAGUUUAAACAACUACUGGUUUUUUAUAAUCAAGGGUAAAAGGAAAAUCUCCAAUUAAAUCAAAGCACAGUGGGAUGAAUGCUGGAAUCAGAAGAAGAAACUGCCUGUACAAACUUAAAAUUUUCAGUCCCCUUGAGAGUACUAGAGAAGUUCAUUGUUACAAACCCGCCUGCUGGCUAGUGCCCAAGCCAGAUGUACUGCAUGCCCUCUGUUUGCCAGCCAGGCAGUACUUUGUGGGCAAAGCAGUCCCUAGACCUGUGCCUGCUGCCAGAAUGAUUCUGAUCACUGGUAUUUUUCCUUUUUUAAGAACUUGUUGACAUUUAUUACUCGCAUCAGGUGAUUCUGCAGAUAGUAGUAAGGUACACCUAAGCUCCUGUAUUUAUGCUAUGUGCUCUGCUGAGCUAGUAGGUAGGGAGAAGCUAGUAGAUAGGGAAUACUCAGCAUCACAGCAUUUCACUGCCAUGGCUACAGGUCCAGGUUGAAUCCAGCUCACAUCUUAAGGAGUGCAGAGAAGAGCAGGGAUCUGUCUUCAUCUGUUCAUGUAAGUCAUUCUCUGCAUCACACCUGAAGCAGGGUAGGUUUAACAGGGAAAAGAGACUUGUUGGUGAAAAGACUUUCUUCCACUUAAUUGGGAUGCUACAUUAAUUGAGCUAUAAUCCAGUGUGCUUUAUGCAUACUUUAGUUCUUAUGAAAUCAUAAAACUUGCCUGGGUCUGAACACAUUACCUCAGAAAGUAAAGGGAAGUACAUGGACUGCAGACAUUAAUGAUCCAGAAAAAUAAGUUACUGGAGACCUCAGAAGACCCAUCUGUAAAAGGCCUUGUUUUUUUGGAUAAUCUCUACUCAAGAAGAGAUUUUGAGAGAAAACCAGUGACAGCCAUCCACAGUCUGCUGAUGCCUCUGUAAAUACUAAUCAUCAAAGCUGUUUGAAAACAACCUGUAACACAACACUACAGAUCUGAUAAAAGAGGCACAAGAUGUGGCUGACUCAAACUUAGCACAGUACAAAGUAAAUUCUGCUAUUUAUACUUAGCAAAUUAUAAUCUCAAAUACCUUGAUAAAACCUUUUUUUUCUAUACAAAGAAUUGAACCCUCUCUUCACAUAUGCCCCGAUAAAGUUGAGAUGAGAUAAAAGUUACCCCUGUGCAAGUUACAGCUUAGAUCAUACAAGCUGUUUCCUUGCAUCAUCUGAUAUCUGUACUUGAAGGACCACAAAAGGUGUCUGAAGGGAUCUCUGGAGGUAUCUAGUCCAUCCUCCCCCUAGGAGCAGUGCUGUUGCCAAUGGGCUACCCACAUGAGGCUUAGAUGUAAGAGCAGAUGUAUAGUCUCAAUCAUGAAAUGUGAUCUUUUCAUGACUGAGACUGCCAUUUCUUUUGAUAAUCUGUGCCAGUGUUGCCCUACUUGCCUUAAAAGACAUUUUUUGUUGUCCACCCCAAGUUUCCCAAAAUACAACUUCUAACCGUU